UCCACUACUGCUGCCGCCUAUUUGGGCCCUCCUCGGCUUCCGUCCCAGAUGAUCCCUCCCCGAGACUGCCACCGCCUCCUCCUUCUCCCAGGGCUGGAGCCACCCCCUCGGCCAGUGGCGUAGCCGGACUCUGUGUCGGGGCCAGCCAGAUAGGGGCGGAGGUCCUGAGCCCUGUCUCGACUCGAGCGGGGGGCCAUGGAGAAAGCGGCCCGAGGCGCUUUCCACACCGACUAACGCAGGCCCGUUGCGGCUGCAGGCGCCAUGGACCGAGCCCCCACUGACCAGAAUGUCAAGCUCUCAGCUGAGGUAGAGCCAUUUAUUCCCCAGAAGAAGAAUCCUGAUACAUUUAUGAUCCCGAUGGCACUCCCAAAUGAUAAUGGAAAUGUUUCUGGUGUAGAACCAACUCCAAUUCCCAGCUACCUGAUUACUUGUUAUCCAUUUGUGCAGGAAAACCAGUCCAAUAGACAAUUUCCGUUAUAUAACAAUGAUAUACGAUGGCAACAGCCCAAUCCAAACCCUGCUGGACCAUACCUUGCCUACCCCAUCAUAUCUGCUCAGCCACCUGUUUCUACAGAGUAUACAUAUUAUCAGCUGAUGCCAGCACCAUGUGCCCAAGUUAUGGGAUUCUAUCAUCCUUUUCCUACACCUUACUCCAACACCUUUCAGGCUGCAAAUACCGUAAAUACUAUAACCACAGAGUGCACUGAGCGUCCAAAUCAGCUUGGGCAGGUCUUCCCAUUGUCCAGUCAUCGAAGCAGAAACAGUAACAGAGGACCAGUUGUACCAAAACAACAGCUUUUACAACAGCACAUAAAAAGCAAAAGGCCACUGGUGAAAAAUGUAGCUACUCAGAAAGAGACAAAUGCAGCAGGUCCUGAUAAUCGAUCAAAAAUUGUGCUUCUGGUAGAUGCUUCACAGCAAACUGAUUUCCCAUCAGAUAUUGCUAACAAAUCUCUCUCGGAGAGCUCUGCCACAAUGCUCUGGAAGUCCAAAGGCAGGAGGAGAAGAGCGUCCCACCCUACUGCUGAAUCCUCUAGUGAGCAGGGGGCUAGUGAAGCCGACAUUGACAGUGAUAGUGGCUACUGCAGUCCCAAACACAGCAACAACCAGCCUGCAGCAGGGGCUUUGAGAAAUCCCGAUUCUAGCACCAUGAAUCAUGUGGAAUCAUCUAUAUGUACAGGUAGUGUAAAUUGGUCCAAUGUAACUUGCCAGGCAACUCAGAAAAAACCUUGGAUGGAAAAAAAUCAGACGUUUUCUAGAGGUGGAAGGCAGACUGAACAAAGAAAUAAUUCACAGGUUGGAUUCAGAUGCCGAGGACAUAGUACUUCUUCAGAAAGAAGACAGAAUUUGCAAAAGAGACAAGAUAAUAAGCAAUUAAAUGCCAGUCAGUCUCAUAGAGGCGACUCAAAUUCUGAGUCUUUAUAUUUUGAGGAUGAAGAUGGAUUUCAAGAACUAAAUGAGAAUGGAAAUGCUAAAGAUGAGACUAUUCAACAGAAACUUUCUUCAAAAGUAUUGGAUGAUUUACCUGAAAACUCACCAAUCAAUAUAGUUCAGACUCCAAUUCCCAUUACCACCUCAGUUCCUAAACGUGCAAAAAGUCAGAAGAAGAAAGCUUUAGCAGCGGCCCUUGCCACAGCUCAAGAAUAUUCAGAAAUAAGUAUGGAGCAAAAAAAACUACAGGAAGCUUUAUCAAAGGCAGCUGGAAAAAAAAAUAAAACCCCUGUGCAGCUAGAUUUGGGGGAUAUGUUAGCAGCUCUGGAAAAACAACAACAAGCGAUGAAAGCACGGCAGAUUACUAAUACCAGACCUCUGGCAUAUACAGUGGUUACUGCAGCUUCUUUUCACACUAAAGACUCUACUAACAGAAAACCUUUAACCAGAAGUCAGCCCUGUUUGACAUCCUUUAGUUCUUUGGACAUUACUUCCUCUAAAGCAAAGAAAGGAAAAGAGAAGGAAAUUGCAAAACUAAAACGGCCCACAGCACUUAAAAAGGUUAUUUUGAAAGAAAGAGAGGAAAAGAAGGGCCGUUUAACUGUGGACCACAACCUUUUGGGAUCUGAGGAACCAGUAGAAAUGCACUUAGAUUUUAUUGAUGAUUUGCCACAGGAGACUGUUUCCCAAGAAGAUGCUGGACUGAGCAUGCCCAGUGAUACUUCACUUUCUCCAGCAAGUCAGAACUCUCCAUACUGUAUGACACCUGUGUCACAAGGCUCUCCGGCUAGUUCUGGGAUAGGCAGUCCGAUGGCAUCUUCAACAAUAACCAAAAUCCACAGCAAAAGAUUUAGAGAGUAUUGUAAUCAGGUUCUUUGUAAAGAGAUUGAUGAAUGUGUGACUCUUCUUCUUCAAGAGCUUGUCAGUUUUCAGGAACGCAUCUACCAAAAAGAUCCUGUGAGAGCAAAAGCAAGGAGACGGCUGGUUAUGGGCCUAAGGGAGGUUACUAAACAUAUGAAGUUAAAUAAGAUCAAGUGUGUUAUAAUUUCUCCAAACUGUGAAAAAAUCCAGUCAAAAGGUGGCCUGGAUGAGGCUCUCUAUAAUGUUAUAGCCAUGGCACGGGAACAAGAAAUUCCUUUUGUGUUUGCCCUUGGAAGAAAAGCUCUAGGACGCUGUGUGAACAAGCUGGUUCCUGUUAGCGUAGUGGGAAUCUUCAACUACUUUGGUGCUGAGAGCCUGUUUAAUCAGUUGGUAGAGCUCACUGAGGAAGCCAGGAAAGCAUAUAAAGAGAUGGUUGCAGCAAUGGAACAAGAGCAGGCGGAGGAAGCCUUGAAGAACGUGAAAAAGGCGCCACACCACAUGGGGCACUCUCGGAACCCCUCUGCGGCAAGCGCCAUUUCUUUCUGCAGUGUCAUUUCUGAACCCAUUUCUGAAGUAAAUGAAAAGGAAUAUGAAACAAAUUGGAGAAACAUGGUGGAAACCUCAGAUGGGCUGGAAACAUCAGAAAAUGAGAGAGAGGUUUCCAGUAAGCAUAGCACAUCUGAAAAGCCCAGGAAACUUCUGUCUGAUGCAGCCCCUGUUGGUAAGCAGCCAUCAUUACUGGCUGCAAGCAGUACUACCUCAGCUGCAAACCCUGGGAGAUCAACAGUGAGCGAUAAAGAGGAAGUGAAGCCCGAUGACCUGGAAUGGGCCUCCCAGCAGAGUACAGAGACUGGUUCUUUGGAUGGCAGUUGCCGAGAUCUCUUAAAUUCCUCCAUCACCAGCACCACCAGCACUCUUGUCCCUGGCAUGCUCGAAGAAGAGGAUGAUGAAGAUGAGGAAGAGGAGGAAGAUUAUACUCAUGAACCCAUAUCUGUAGAAGUACAGCUCAAUAGUAGAAUUGAGUCGUGGGUCUCUGAGACCCAGAGAACAAUGGAGACUCUUCAGCUUGGAAAAACCCUUAAUGGUUCUGAGGAAGACCAUGCAGAGCAGAGUGGAGAAGAGGAGGCAGAAGCGCCUGAAGUGCUAGAACCAGGGAUAGAUGGGGAGGCCUGGACUACUGACCACCAAGCAAGUCAGGAGCAGCAGAAGCCUAGCAGCUGCAGCUCGCUGAACAACGAGCCCUCUGAUCUUAGUUAUCCGCCCCCAGGUCUGUAACUCAGGAAAUGUCCACUGUCUGUCUCCAACUGUGUAAGGGUUGCAGCCAUUCUCUUUUAUGCUUCAUCUCAACGUUUUGCAUUGUCCAGUAUUUAAUAUGUAUAUUUAAUU